AUGAAUGGAUUUCUAUCUGACACUGUCAAACAGCGCCAUAGACUUCGACAAGGGGAUUCUAUUUCACCCGUCUUGUUAAAUUCUGCCUUAGAACUUUUGCUCCUUGCUAUUCUGAACGAUGGUCAUGUUUGCGGAUACUCGAUUGCCUCUCAAUCCUCAAAUCCUUUUUUGAAUACGGUUGCACCUAGGUUAAUCAAGUUGCCUGCUUACGCCUAUAAUCUUUUGGUCUUUGAUAAUGGUGUGGAUGAACUCAAAUUCUUUCAAAAACACCUAGAGUGUUACAGUAAAGCAUCAAACUCAAGAAUAAAUGAUCACGAACCUGUUGCAUUCCCACUGUCGGGUCAAUCUCGUUCAUUGUCUGACACGUUCUAUCGACGCGUUCGACAACUACAGCUCCAAUGGUUCAAUGCCAGCAGUCCUUCCUACCUUCGCUACCUUGGAUAUCCUCUUUGGUUUAAUGCCAUUCAACGAGAUACGUUCUACAAUGAAGCUAUCCAAAAGCUGCAAUAUACCACUGAUAGAAACAAAUUUAGACAAAUCUCUGUCUAUGGUCGAGCAAGACUGUCCAACUCUGUUCUACUGUCUCGAUUCUGGCAUGUUAUUCGUUUCAUCACCCUCCCAGCCUAUUUCUUCACAAAGGUCUCUUCAAUAAUUUGCCAGUGA